AACCUCACACUCUUCUUUCUUUCUCUCUCAAUACACUUCUAUAACCGCCACCACCGCUCUCACCCCUAUGGCCCUCGUCCGUCACCGCCGCCAUCUUAAUCUCCGCCUCCCCCUUCCAGAACCUUCUGAACGCUGUCCACGCUUUCCUCUCUCGCAAACCACAAACGCCGCCAAAUCCUUCUCCGCCUCCUCCGGUGACGUUAUCUUCCCCGGCGACAUCGAGAAACUUGAAGUUCUCGGUCACGGCAACGGCGGCACAGUCUACAAAGUCCGCCAUAAGCGAACCUCAGCGAUCUACGCUCUCAAAGUCGUGCAAUCCAGCUCCGACGCCACAACGCGCCGCCGCAUCAGAACAGAAACCGAGAUCCACAGCCGCGCCGCCGACUCACCGUACGUCGUUCGCUACCAUGGCUCCUUCGAGAGCCCACUCUCCGGCGACGUCGCCAUCCUCAUGGAGUACAUGGACUCCGGCACGCUAGAAACUCUCUUGAAAACAAGAGGCACGUUUGACGAAGCCUCUCUGGCGAAAGUGGCGCGUGACGUUCUUAACGGUCUUAACUACCUCCACGCGCGCAACAUCGUGCACCGUGACAUAAAGCCCGCGAACCUCCUCGUGAAUAACAAGAAUGAGGUAAAGAUUGGUGAUUUUGGGGUAAGUAAGCUCAUGUGCCGCACCCUUGACCCGUGCAAAUCCUACGUCGGCACGUGCGCCUAUAUGAGCCCGGAGCGGUUCGACCCGGAUGCAUAUGGCGGGAACUAUAAUGGAUAUGCCGCAGAUAUAUGGAGCCUGGGUCUGACCCUUCUGGAACUUUACAUGGGUCAUUUCCCGUUGCUCCAAGAGGGUCAGAGGCCUGAUUGGGCUACCCUAAUGUGGGCAAUUUGUUUUGGGGAGCGGCCGAGUUUGCCUGAAGGCGUCUCGACCGAGUUCCGGGACUUUGUUGAGUGUUGCCUCAAGAAGGACUCUAGUCAGAGAUGGACGGCUCCUCAGCUCUUGACCCACCCCUUUCUUUCUAGGAAUAACCCCGAACCUUAGCUUCUGGAGAUUAAUACAAUUUCCUUUAAUUCUUAUUAUUAUUUUCUUUUUGGAGCUACUUGUAUAUUCUCCCCGAAUCCAGAAAUUUUGCUUGUAGAAGGAUCCUUAUUAUUCCCUUUGUAUAUUCUUAAUUCUAAAUGAAUAUUCUUAUGUUCUUCUUCA